GACCCCGGCGUUGCCUUGAGCCGGAGGGGAAAAGGGGCGUCCUUGCUCGCUCGGUCUCUCAGCCAAGAUGGCGCAGCAAGUCAACAUCUCGGAGCUGUCCUUGCCUCAGCUGGAGGUGCUGAAGAGCCAGCUGGACCAGGAAGUGGAGUUCCUUUCUUCAUCCAUUGCUCAACUGAAAGUGGUACAGACAAAGUAUGUGGAAGCAAAGGACUGUCUGACUGUACUGAACAAAAGCAACGAAGGUAAAGAACUGCUCGUCCCACUCUCCAGUUCCAUGUAUGUCCCUGGAAAACUCUCUGACGUUGGCCAGGUGCUAAUAGACGUGGGGACCGGUUAUUAUGUAGAAAAGUCUGUGGAAGACGCCCGAGACUUUUUCAGGAGAAAGAUCGAUUUCCUGACAAAACAGAUGGAGAAAAUCCAACCGGCGCUGCAGGAGAAACAUGCAAUGAAGCAAGCUGUGGUGGAAACGAUGAGCCAGAAGAUCCAGCAGCUAACAGCAGUCGGGGCUUCCCAAACAGCAGCAGCGAAGGCCUAGCCAAGCACCAAGCCACCCAUGUGCUCCCAUGCACUUUAGCAUUCAACAUUUUGUGACAUAACCCCAAGAUAGUGCCGCUUGGAGCAGCAGAGGGAGGGAGGGGGUGUUCUUUGCUUGAACACAGAUGGGAAUUCUAAUGUUUCAAGCUUUUCUAGGCUUAAUAUCACCGACACCUGCUCUGCUCAAAGCAGUGAGCUUUCAGGUAGCCCCUGGGGUGGAUGUCGUAUUCCCGGCUGUAAUGUGGGGUUGUUCUUAAUUUUAAUCCCCCGUGAAAACAUUUGUCACUUGAAGAUGGAAUUGUACAAAAUAAACAAGUGGGAUUGCAGACCAA